CAUAUUGGUGUUGAUGUGUUGGUUAUAUGAAUCCACGUCUUCACGUAUGAUAUGAUCUAAAAAUACUGAUCAUUGCAUCAGUGGUUCAGUUGUUGCAGUGUUUGGCAGUCGACGCAAACAUUACGUUAUAAUCAGUGCUUAUAAAUAGUCACCACUUCUGAUGCCAAUCACAGUCAUCAACACAGACUAGAGAUCACAUGAAAGACUAUGUCUGCAGAUGUCAACCAAAUGAUGGCAUCCAAUGACACCAAUAUGAUAUCAGAGCUCUUCACCAAACACAUACCCAAUGGAUCAGCUGGUGAACCAUCUGCGAGACAAUUACACGUCAGCGGUGGUCACCAAUCGCUGGUCCACUUUGAAAAGAACUGUUUAGUGACGCCAACCGAUGAUGAGUUGAAUCAAUUGACCACUUAUUUGGUGAAGAAGUUGUCGGAAACGGGAGAAACCAUUUAUCUGGUCGGAGGGUCUGAGUCUGGAGAGAGUGGUCUGUCUGAGGAUGACCUCAACUUAUCGGUGGCUAAUCUGCACAAACUGUCGGACAGAAUAGACGCCGAUUGCAUAGUCUUGAGGCGACGUCGGGAUGUCAACCAAAUGAUGGCAUCCAAUGACACCAAUAUGAUAUCAGAGCUCUUCACCAAACACACACCCAAUGGAUCAGCUGGUGAACCAUCUGCGAGACAAUUACACGCCAGCGGUGGUCACCAAUCGCUGAUCCACUUUGAAAAGAACUGUUUAGUGACGCCAACCGAUGAUGAGUUGAAUCAAUUGACCACUUAUUUGGUGAAGAAGUUGUCGGAAACGGGAGAAACCAUUUAUCUGGUCGGAGGGUCAGAGUCUGGAGAGAGUGGUCUGUCUGAGGAUGACCUCAACUUAUCGGUGGCUAAUCUGCACAAACUGUCGGACAGAAUAGACGCCGAUUGCAUAGUCUUGAGGCGACGUCGGGGUGACUGCUCGAGCGGACAGGUGGCCGAGUAUUUGGUGCGGAAACGCGCCAAAAGCAAUGACUUCCAGGAGGUGCGGGUGGCUGUGGUGGGCAAUGUGGACGCCGGCAAGUCUACCCUCUUGGGGGUUCUCACUCACGGAGAGCUCGACAACGGCAGAGGUCUCGCACGACAGCGACUCUUCAGACACAAACACGAAAUGGAAUCCGGGCGGACAUCAAGUGUUGGAAACGAUAUCCUGGGAUUCGAUAGUAAGGGCGAAAUAGUGAACAAAACUGAUCCACACGGAGGACAUCUCGAUUGGGUUCAGAUAUGUGAGGCGUCCUCCAAAGUGAUCACUUUCAUCGAUUUGGCCGGACAUGAGAGAUACCUGAAGACUACCAUUUUUGGGAUGACAGGACACGCACCCGACUAUACUAUGCUAAUGGUUGGCGCCAACGCAGGGGUCGUAGGCAUGACUAAAGAGCACUUGGGGUUAGCGCUGGCACUGAAUGUACCCGUGUUUGUAGUGGUGACCAAAAUAGACAUGUGUCCCGACAAUGUCUUACAGAAUACACUAAAACUGCUGCAAAGGGUUCUCAAAUCUCCCGGCUGUCGAAAGAUCCCGGUUAUGGUGCAGAGAGAGGACGAUGUGGUGAUAGCGGCCACCAAUUUCGCGACCGAACGGCUUUGUCCUAUAUUCCAGGUGUCGAACGUGAGCGGAGACAAUCUGGAUCUGUUGCGAACGUUCCUCAAUCUCCUGACGCCCCGCACCUCCAACCACGACAACGAGUCCGCGGAGUUCCAGAUCGACGACACCUAUUCUGUUCCCGGCGUCGGAACUGUCGUAUCUGGUCUUACAAUGAAAGGUGUCAUUCGACUCAACGAUGUCUUAUAUCUGGGACCCGACUCUUUGGGACACUUUUCUCCGAUUGCUAUCAAAUCAAUACAUCGAAAGCGAAUGCCUGUGAAGGAAGUCCGAAGCGGACAGACGGCCUCUUUUGCACUCAAAAAGAUGAAACGAUCUGAUAUAAGGAAAGGGAUGGUUAUGUUGGCGCCCACUCUUAACCCUCAGGCCUAUUGGGAGUUCGAGGGAGAGAUACUGGUCUUACAUCACCCGACGACCAUUAGUCCCAGAUAUCAAGCAAUGGUCCAUUGCGGAAGUAUUCGUCAGACGGCAUCCAUACUGUCGAUGUCGAGUCAAUGUCUGCGCACCGGUGAUAAGGCGACCGUUCACUUCCGGUUCAUUAAGAACCCGGAAUACCUUCACGUCGGCACUCGUAUGGUGUUCAGAGAGGGCCGAACCAAAGCCAUCGGCAACAUCUCUAAACUACUGACUGGUGUUCCUCCAAAUGUGAUCAAUAAAACCAAAACUAAAAAGAUGUUCAGACAAUCGUUGCCACAGAGCGGUGCCCCCUCUGGAGGCGCUCAAGAGGAGGCUAUAGAGUCCAUGGGAGGCAGUGUUCCCAUGGAUGGCGAAACUGCUAGACAGGGCCAAAGAAAUGUGAGGAAUAGGGGCCGACAUCGAGGGGGGACCAGACAUAACAAGAAUUAUAACUCUGAAACCACUGAUAUUUGCGUCGAGACCGCGACACUCAAUUAAAAUGGUAUUUCCAUAUUGCAAACCAAAUCACCAAACAUUUAUUGCCUCAACACUAGCGCGCACUCCGAGCCCUCCUAUACUUGAGAUGGCGUCGGGAGUGACCCUCCUCUCGAUGGCCUGUAUGUCGCCGAUGAAUGUCUGUUAUGUUAUUGUAAUGAAUGAUGAAUUAAAAUAAAAGAUAUGUUUAUGAAUAA